GCCGCCGCCCCGCACAUGGAGCCCCCGCGCCCGCCCACCGUCCUGUUGGCCGCCGCCCGUCGCCGCCGCCGCGAGAUUCCUCCUCCUCCUCCUUCUUCACAAACCGGUGGCGGCGGCACCGCCCCGAAGGAUCUUCUCCGGGGCUGGUUGCCACGCCUGGGGGAUCCGGGGAGCCGGGACCCGAUGUUACGGAUGCUGGACGCCGGGUUGGAGCGAUGCCUGGCGCUGCGCUCGGCCGGUAUCCCGGUGCCCCGGCACGGGAAGCUCUCAGGCAAGGCAGGCAUCGAUGAGGUGAUGGCAGCCACGGUGCUCACCAGCCUCUCCACCAGCCCACUGGUUCUUGGGCACCCCCCAGCCACCCCUGCCCCAGAGCUCGGCAGUGAGGUCUGGAAGGAGGUGCCCGCCAUGUCCUCCAGCUGCAGCAGCAGCAGCAACACCAGUGGGGACUGGAGCUGGGACCCCCCCAGCGACCGCUCCACCCCCUCCACCCCGUCACCCCCGCUCUCCAGCCACGUCCCCAGCACCUUCCUGCCCACCCCGCUGACCGAUGAGGGCCCCGACGAGCCCGACAGCACCCACUUUGUCUUUGGAGAGCCCAUCCCGCGGAAGAGGAAGAACUCCACCAAGGUGAUGUUCAAGUGCUUGUGGAAGAGCUGCGGCAAAGUCCUCAGCAGCUCCUCAGGGAUGCAGAAGCACAUCCGAACCAUGCACCUUGGCCGGAAAGCCGACCUGGAGCAGAGUGACGGCGAGGAGGACUUCUACUACACGGAGCUGGACGUGGACGUGGACUCGCUGACGGACGGGCUCUCCAGCCUGACGCCCGUCUCUCCCACCUCCUCGGUGCCACCCACCUUCCCCGGCCCCGAGGCGCAGGGCCCGGUGCCACCAGCGCUGCCCGUCCCCGACCUGGCCCCCCCCUGCAGCCCCCCGGCCCCCCCCGGCCUCUGCCACGUCCACACUGACCACGCAUACCAGGGCUGCCCGGUGCCCCCGCGGCCGCCGCUGUCCCCCGCCGCGCCGCCGCACAAGCCGCCCGCCGCCCCCAGGAGGCCGCGGGGGGAGGCCAAGAAGUGCCGCAAGGUGUACGGGAUGGAGAACCGGGAGCUGUGGUGCACGGCCUGCCGCUGGAAGAAGGCCUGCCAGCGCUUCCUCGACUGACACCGCCGCCCCCACACCCCCUUUCUUGCACAUUUUGCACUCGAGGUGCCUUCGUGCCCCCCCCCCCAACUCCCCCCCCCCCCCUCUUUUACCCCCCCAUCGCUGCCCCAGGGCCCCCCCGGACUCAGGGAAUGGCCCCCUCAAAGCUUUAUGCACAUCCCUCCCCCCCCCCCAAACCCCACCAUGGAGCUUGUGUUCCCCCUUUUUUUUUUUUUUUCCCCUUGGAAAAAUAAGCUAAACGUGCCCCACCUUGCCUUGUUGGGGGGGUGGGUGGGGGUGAGGGGGGCUGGCAGGGGGGGCUGCUCCCCCCAGCUGUGCCUGCAGCCGGCGGGGGGCUUGGGCAGGGGGUGUCUGGUCCUGCCUCCCCCCCUGCUCCCAGGGGGGGACCCCCAGUGCCCAGGGCAGAAGUGGGCGCCUGCCCUCCCUCCCCCCCCCAAUUUUUACCCCCUCUCAGGGGGGUUUUUACUCUUUAUAUCGUUGUUUCUCUCUAUUUUUAGUACCGGGGGAGCAGCAGCUCCCACUGGAGCGAUGCUCCGGGAAGUGCCUGCAGGAACGCGCCCAUUUGCACUAAGCCAAACUGCACAAAGAGGUGUCCUUUUUUUUUUUUAUUUUAUUUUGAUUGUUUGGGGUUUUUUUCUUUUUUUUUUCCUUUUUUUUUUUUUUUUGCCUUCAUGUGUUCUUAUUUUUUAAAUAACAUAUAUGAAAAUUCGUAUUUUUUAAAAAAUAACUCCCUCCCCAGGCCCUGAGAGCACGUUGGCCCUAGUGCUGUGAUGCUCCAGCCCUAGGGAAGAGGAUGGGGAGGGGGGGGGUGUUUAAGGGGAUUUAUUCCCUUCAAACCCUUUUUCUCUCCCCUCCCUAAACCCCUUUUUAUCCUCCCCCCCAAAACAAACCCCUUUCUCCCAUCUUGUCCUGUCAUUCCCCUGCCUGGGCAGCAGCUCAGGAUGGGGCUUGGCUGGACCACCCCUCCCCAUGCCAGGAUGGGUGAGAUGGGGAACAGAAGAUCCAGAAGAAGAAAAAAAAAAAAAAACCACAAUGAAUAAAUAUUUUGAUUCUUUUUUAUUUAA